AUGAACCCUCCGCUUCCGCCGCCGCCCCAAGGGCGUUCUCUUGACCGUGUCCCAUACCACGCGCCGACCAAGGCAAGCUUCGCGAAAUCUCCCAUUGAAGGUUCCGACCAGAGUCUCAGUAAGAGGGCCCCGCCCUCGACCUCGCGAAGAUCGCCCAGUAGACAUAAUUCGAACGACCGGCAAAUCCAAUCCAGAUCGAAAAUGCUGGGCUUGCGCGACCGAAAGGCUCUGCGGCCCUCAUUGCCGUCAACUGCGAGUCCAAUGGAAAGCCCCAACCAUGACAACCCAUCGCCUGUAUCGCGUUCGAGCCGAAGGUCCAUCGGCCUGCAGGCAUUUGCUGCGCCGCCAAGACGAGUUUCAAGAAGGAUCGGUCCAUCGGAUUUAGCAUUCCCGUCUCCAGCAGGAGUAAAAAAAGACGAGCCGGAUGCGGGGGUCAUGAAUACCCCCGAGGAUCAAUUGGCGCUUGAGUUGGGCAGCGCCACCGGUGGAAAUGAUCGGAGUAGAAACUGGAAUCCGCCGGCCCUGGACGAGGAGUUUGAAGAACCCGAUCUGCCUCCAACUCCUACUCAGCUGGGACUGGAGAAGCUUGCGGGGCGAUCCAGAGGGCUUCUAAGCAGCAGUCCUACGACGCAACGAUUGGGAAGGCGGCAAACAGCCGAUCUCCUAGGCCAAAGUCCGUCAAAGCUAAGAAAUGUCGAUGAUGGCGCAGAAGCAGUCGAGUCGGCCUCGGCGGUCCCCCGAGUACGGUUUCCGGAGCCUGUUUCAAAAAAGCGAAGAUUGAGAGAGGAGCUUACUGCAGAGGCGAAACAGCUCAAAGAACACAUUGCAGACCUCGAGUGUUGGUCAGUGGAUCUCAGCCAGCAUGAUGGCCUUCCAGAGCUUGAUGUGAGCAAAAUAAUGACCUCCUUACUGGCAUCCGAAUUUCCUACCAUCACAGAUGCUGCCAUGUGUCCCCCCGAUAUACCCUUAUCCUCACUUAUCUCGACAUUGCUUCCAUUUUCUUCAACUGUUUCUUUACCGACCCCCGCACCGACUUCUCCACCAAAUCCCUUUGCCCUCAGUGCAGCUGCUCACGGAAAACCGCACCUCACGGUUUUUGCCCCGUUAUCUCUUAAGACAAACUCGGAUGUUGUAACUGUUCCGAAGUCCGCCUUUGUGGAGAGACAUAGCUUGACGUUUUCCGUGCCACCCCCUUUCCCGCCCGAGCUCUACAGUGUAUCCUUGAUCUACGAGACCAACUUCGAAACCCAGGCUGUGGUUUCGGUAGCAGCACCGGAGACCGUCAACGGCACGGUGCCCCAAUACUUACAACGUUGGGUCAAUUCCCGAUUAGAGAAUCCUUUGCUGAAAUUGGACGUGUCGGGCCUCUGCUGGGGCAUCAACCGGUACUGGGAAGCGGUUUUGUCGCGCGCCUACGUAUGGUUACGGCUUGAAGAUCGCCAUACAGCCUUGCUUCGCGGCAAAUCAGGCAUGAAUGAAGGAACUACUACGGAAGAACCCAGCGACAGUCAAGAUAUACCUUUGCGAGGCAUGAUGGGGAAUCUCACGGUGGCAAAUUUGCGCCGAAUCCUACCCCAUCUUCAGCGUACAUCUAUGCUUUUUGGAUCAGAGGAAAGAACGAUAAAAGUCAUUCUUUCAUGCGAAAUCAGCGUUGAUGAAUGGGCAUGCGAACCCCAAUUGACCCCAGGUCUUACUAUCUCGGGUGCUUCAAUUGCCAACGAUUCUGUAUGGGGCAAAACAGAACAGGAGGCUAAGAAUCUUUUCAAUGCCGUCAUUCAUGAGAAUACCGUUGGUCCGGCAGAAUCAGCAGGUGAUGUUGAUGCCAAUGCGAUUAUCGAGGCCGCUAACCAUGUUCUUGGCGCUUUGUUUGGUGUUGGUGCAAGUCUGCCCUCCAAGGAUGAAUUGCGAUGA